GUAUUUUUACCCUGAUUGUUUAAUACACCAUAAUCUCCAUCCGGGGACAUAAAUGGCACAGAAGUCUGUUAACAGAAUACUUUUACCUAAUCUAUAACCAUUUAAUUCAAUAAACACUCACCUUGAAUGUGGCACAUAUUCGGAUGGUGUUAUGCUAUUCAAAUCCAAUAUGAUUAUACUUCUUGCUGUAUUCGUGCUUACGUUUAAUAGUAUUUCUCCAUUUGAUGCAAGCUCUAGCAGCAAUGUUUGCGAUUCACAACAGGAACUAUUCGACCCCAUUAUCAAGAGCGGAAAAGCCUUGGAAGUAUUCUACUUCGUCAAUGAUACAAAAGAAACGAUUCAGUUGACAUGGGCAGGUGAAAACAGUGGGGUUUUAAUACUAGUAACGAUGACUGAGGGGGAGUCUGGCCCUGGACUAACAUCCGACAUAUAUCGUAGUGACAACAACGGUAAAACGUUCACAAAAAUUACGCAGCAGUUGGGUGAGAGUAUUUACAUCCGGAGAGAAAAUGGCCUUCAGCGUCAUCAGAAUCAGAGAGAUUCAAAAGAACUAUUUGUGAUAUGUUAUGAUGUGGAAAAUACGACCAGGUCUAUGAUUUUUGUUACUGAAGAUGGGGGUUCUACUUGGGAGAGGUCUAGUGUACCAUUUGUCUUAAGCGGUCAGCUGCGUUUUUAUCCACGUGAAAGACUUUCUCCAUGGGUUUUAACUUUAGAAGAAAAAACAUCGAUUUUAUAUCUGUCACUUGAUAACGGUAAAACAUGGAAAAACAUUCACGAUAAUGUUGUGGAUUACUUUUGGUCUGUUUAUGAAAUAGAUCCAGGAGAAACAGUGUACAUACUUUAUCAUCCACAAUCCAGUAAAAAUGCAAGUGAAAGGCACAUACUAGCAAAAUCUUCUGACUUUGGAUUAACUUGGACUGAACUAUUGAAGGAUGUUAUAAGAGUAUGGGCCCCACGUGGAGUUAAAGUUGAUAUCCCGAGACCUCAUGAUAAAAGUAGUAUUUCGUUUGAUUUGGAGACAAAGCAAGACUAUGAAACGAUAAAACUAGGACACUUUCUCUACGCAUCACACUUUUCAGAUACCAAAAACCAAACUGUACAGCUUAGUGUGUCAACUGAUGGUGGUCGGACAUUCAAUAAAGCCCAUUUGCCAACUAUACAAGCAGAAAGGUUUUAUUCAGUUUUGGAAGUUGAAGAUGAUUCAGCGUUUGUUCAUGUAGAUGCACCUAAUGACACUGGUUAUGGAGCAUUAUUUAUAUCCGAUAUCAGUGGUGCAAUAUUUAGUGAAUCACUACGACAUCAUUUAUACCCAAAUCAUGCACCUGUGACAGAUUUCUACCGUGUAGCAUCAAUGCGUGGUACAUAUUUGGCUACACGUUUAAAUCCAGAUCGUACAUUGUAUACAGUGAUUACACAUGAUCGUGGUGCAAGUUGGCAUCCUUUAGGAACACCGAUUAAUGUUCAAGAUACUUGUCAAAGUAAACCAACAACAUCAACGACAUCAUCAACAACGACAACAACCACAGAUGCGACGGCAGAGGCAACAAUAACAGAGACUGCAUUUAAUGAUGCUACUAUAUCUACUGUCAAGGUCAAUAAUAAUCAUACUAAUAAUACGAUGGGUAAUGUAGGUAGUGAAGACAUCAGUGAUGUAAUCAGUACAUCUGAUAACUCUUUGAGUUCAACAACAAAUAAUCCUUCAAGAAAUCCUGUACAGACAAAUAUUGAGAAUUCUACUCCAAGUGAAAUAUGGAGACCUGAUCCAAAUAUGAGUGAUUUAUUGUCUACAGACCCAUCAUCAGUAAAGGUUUGUGGUUUACAAAUAAGCAAUCAAUUCAGCAUUAAAAAUCGUGUUAUCGCUUCUCCACCAUUGUCAAUAGCCGCAGCACCGGGACUGAUAUUAGCUCAUGGACAUGUGGCAACACAUUUGAAAAAUACACCAGCCGAUGUGUUUGUCAGUUCUGAUGGUGGAUAUACAUGGCUUAAAGCACUUGAUGGACCACAUCAUUAUCAAAUAGCUAAUCGUGGAGGUUUAAUUGUAGCUGUCCCAGCUGAAACUCUAUGGCCAGAUGUAUUACGUUUUAGUACAGAUGAAGGUAAGUGUUGGCAUACUAUUCCUUUACGUACUGGACAAUGGAGUAUUAAUGAAUCAAAUCGAUAUCAAGUUAACAAUAAUGAAGAUGAUUCAAUGAAAAGUCAAACUCAUCAUGAUGAUAUGUUGGAUGAUAGUGAAGAAUCUCUGGAUAAGAUUAAGUCAGCUUCAGUGAAAGUAACAGAUAUACCUUCUUCAACUGAAGGACAAAGGAUUGUCUUUGAUAAAAAUACAAUUCCUACCACCACUGGAUCAAGUUCGGAUGCUGUCCCUCAUACAACGACCACCAUUACUACUAUUACUACUUCUACUACUGUUAAUGCCAGUACAGUAAACAAUAUCAAUAAUGGUACUAAUAAUAUUUCACCUAUGAGCAGUACUAUGUCGUCACCUAUAAAUCAAAUGCAUGCAGACAGUCAUCAUCAAUUUCAAACCAAUGAUGACAAAUGGUCAUCAUCAUCAUCAUCCCAGAGAACUGAUGAAAUAGUUGUGUUUACUGGAUUAGUUACAGAACCUGGUGGUCGAGCUAUGGCUGCUGCUGUGUACGGUUAUGGUACAGCUACACAAAGAUGGAGAGUAGCAGUAGUUGAUUUUCGAACAAAUGGAAUGAUCAAACGAAAAUGCACAUCGGAUGACUAUGAAACUUGGAUACCGCACUCAUCUAAUGAAGGUGGUAAAGACGGUUGUUUACUUGGUGUUCGUGAACAAUUUAAACGAUUGAAAAAAGAUUCUCUUUGUGCAAAUGAAUAUGAAAUGGAAACGCGUGUACAAGUGGAGUUUUGUCCAUGCACUCAAAGUGAUUAUGAGUGUGAAUACGGAUUUUAUCGUCAACCGGGAUCAUUAAAUUGUAUUCGAAAUCCGUAUAGUCCACCAUUAGAUCCUUGUACAUUACCAAGAAAACAACGUCAAACUAUUCAUCAAUUAGGUUAUCGUUUAAUACCAGGUGAUCGUUGUAUUGGCGGUUGGCAGCCUCCAGUAUGGAAUCAAACUAUUUUAGAUUUAAUCAAAUCAUGUCCAUACGAUAAUGCUGAUGAUGAUGAUAAUUCUUCAAUUACACGUAAUUCAUCUGCAACAAUUAUUUCCAUUAUUCUACUUAUACUUGGUGUAAUGAUACUACUUAUUUUAUGGAUUAAAUCAAAUAAUCAUAGAAUGAUAAACAAUACAUCAAAUUAUCGUUUUGAUAGUAGACAUUUUAAAGUGAAUACAAGUAAUGCAUUAAAUCGUUUACAUAAUUGGUUUAUACCAUGGAAAAGAAAUAAUUUCACUGGAUUUAUAAACAAUAAUAAUAAUAAUAUCGAUGGUUGGAAUAAUACUGAUAGAAUGUCUUCAACUUAUAAUGAUAGUCGAACUAUUUUAUGGCCACCUACAUCUACCACUAAUUCAUCAAUGCAUAAACAAACUAUGAAUUCAAAUCUACUUAAAAUCAAUUGUAUACAACCAAAAAUAUUCCAUAAACAAAUAAAAACUACUCAAAUGAGUAGUAAUAAUAAUAAUAAGGAUAUUCCUCAUUUAUCAGAUCCCAAUAAUAAUAAUAAUAAUAAUAAUAAUAAUAAUAAUAAUAAUAAUAAUAAUAAUAAUAAUAAUAACAAUACAGUGAUUAUACCAAAAAAGUCUAUUUCAAUUCCAACAUUCAAAAAAGGGAACAGCGGUGUUCUACAUCAAUAUUUUCAUCGUAAUGAUACAGAUAUGACUAAUUUAUUAGAAGCAGAAGAAAUUCCAUCUACAUCUUCAUUAUUAUCAUUAUCAUCAAUGAAUAUAAUUACUAAUAAUAAUAGUAGUAAUACUUGUAAUUUGAAACAAUCAUUCGAUGAUCCAUUAACUUCAUUUGCAUAUAAAAAUUCUUUAAUAAAAUUAUCCAAUGGAUCGACAAGGGUAUACAACAAGAAUAAUGAAUGUAAUACUUCGUCGGUUACUAAUGCUACUACUACUAAUAGUAAUAAUAAUAAUCAUUCUGGUGAAUUACAUCAGACUAUGCUACAACAAAGUACACCAUUCACUAAUCAUCAUAAAGACAUCUUUGAUCAAUAAAUGAAGAACUAAUCCUUUACUUCACUUUAAACUCUUCCAUUACACAUAGUUUCCAGUAUAAAGUAAAGGAAAGAGAAGAUAAUGAAAGCAAACAAUACUGACGACAACAAUAACAGUAUUAUCAAUAAUCAGAAGACGAAAUAUGAAUAUACAAAAAAAGGAGAAAAUUGAGUCUUCUCUCUUUUUCUAACACUUUAUGUUAUUGUUAUUGUUGUUGUUGUUGUUUGCUCUUUCCUUUUUUGUUUUCUAUUCAAUGUUCAUUUGUUUUUUUGGUUUUCAUUUGUUUUAUUUUCUCUAUUUCGAUGUUAUUACUAAUAAUGAUGAUUAAUCUCAUAUUGAAUAAUUUUCUUACUAAAUGUACUCAAACACAUAUAUACAUAGGUGAUUUUUUCAUCUCAUUCGAAAUGAUGGCACUAUUACGAAAACUGGUGUAACCUAGAAAAGUGGAUUUAAUAACCUUACUCUGGUCAAUAAUUCAACGGUACAUAAGAUGAAAAGUUUAUUCUUCACUAGAAAACUUUUUUGUCUUGAAAAGUAGCAAUUAUACUAAUUGAAAUUACUCACUUCCACAUAUACUUCGGAUAAUACGUUAAUACGAUAAUAUGACUAGUCACAUUAUAUCAAACCUGGGAUUCAUAACUCAGAAUAGAGAACCAUAGUAUAUACUAGAUAAUAUUUUAUUCAACACAAUUACAAGCAAUCACUCUCACUGAGUUCGAAGUCAAAAUCAAUGAAGGAGAAUGGAAUCACAUAUUUAGUAGUCCGUGUCUCAUAUCAAUAAGUCGUGUUAGCAUCAAUCUGAAAAAGUGACAUCAGACACAUAGAACUUAUGAGAUGUUGCUAGAACUGUGGUCCAGGAAAUGCCUUUCGUCUCAUUUAAGAAUCGUCAGAUGAAAUUACCUGCAUCCUAAAGUUUUAAUCCAGUGCCUUUCGUUCCGAAAGCCUUGCGCAUUAUCUGCAUAGCCAACUAAAACUGGUCAAAUUCAGUCAAUUAUAAUUAAAAGGAUGAUUCAAAAUGUUGAAGAUUAAGUUGAGAUUCAUACAAGGCCAAUAACUCUUCAUUUGUUUCUGGGCUAAGAGCUUCAUUUGAAGAAUCUUUUGUUUCAUUGUCCUUCGGUACUGCCACAAUCUCAUGUACAUUUAACAAACCAUCAUCUUGCUAUGAGCUGGACAUUUUGUUUCGUACAUAACUGGGUUUGAACCCACAACAGUGCAUGUUUUUGAAAUGACCAUUACUGAACCACUCUCGGCAUAAAAAAUUAAUUAUUUUCUGGAAUAUCUGGAAAGUUCACCCAAGACUGCUCCAAGCAAUUGCUGUUGAAAAGCUGAUAUUUGCCGCUGUAAUAGUAAUUGCGACUGUUCACAAGAGAGUUCCGAUUUUUUUUCUUUUCACUGUCAUCAACUCUAAAAACUUCGGGCAAUUAUUAUGAAUUAUUUCUCGAAAUCCACGUCGCCAAUUAUUAUGACAUGUCCUGUUAAUCAUCACGUGAUAAGAUCGUCAAUCAGAAUACGACUUACAUAACCUUGACCAAUGACGCGUUAAACUAGUAUGGGAAGCUUAGAGUGGGUGUAGUAAUCAACACAAUAACGAUUUUUACAAGUCUUGACCCACCUGAAAGCCUGUCGGGGCAACAUGAGGAAAAUGUUCCCAGCACAUAAUGUCAUUGAGAACGUAAAAUAAGUUCGGUGAUCAUUUCCAGUAUAUCUUAAAUGACUAGUUAGGAAAUAAAGUCACUCACGUGUGUGAUAUCAGACGUCACUUUGUUUCAAUAAAUGUACCUAACCCACCAAGGCUCAAGAAUAUUAUAAAUCAAAUAGAUGACUUGAAAAAGACAGCAUUCAUGACUCAAACUUGAAACUGUCAUGCAGUGUCAGUGAACCACUUGUUCCAUGAGAUGUGAAUUUAAGUGGUAAAAGACCGCUUUUGUUUAUGUAGAUGUAUGCUUCGUAUUACAUUCCUUCUGGAAGUUGAGGAGUGAGAACGAUUUAGACGACAGUUGAAGUUAUCAGUGAGUAGCACCUGAGAAUCCCCUUCAGUACCUAUAGAAAUAUAGUGAUUGUCGGCCCUUCCUUCAACAGCCCUCAUCAGAGAGGGCUGUUGUAGAAUAAUUGGUUAUUAACCACAUGACUUGUUACGAUUUAUGGCUGCUGACCAAUAUCACACGACAAAGACACCAAUUGAAAUCUGUUCAUAUCUAAUAACCUUGAGCCAACAUCUGUGCUCUUACUAGUUCACGAUUUUCUAACUCCUGGCUGUUCUGCUUGUGGAUAUAAAAAUCAGUAAUCAGCCUUCAGCAUAUAAAUAUCAUGUCUCAGGCAUACGUAACUUAUAUACAAACAUACCGGACCAUGUUACAACGUACAAUCAGAAGAAUUAUACAUGAAUAAGCCAAAAAUGGUUGUGAGUAGGAGAGACUAUGAAUAAUAAACUAGCAAGAGGCUAAGAAUAGUUAAUAAUAUAACAGUAGUUGUAAGAUCCAUUUUGAAUGCUUUGUGUGUUUGUGAAAAUCCCUCCAUGUAUAUACUUGAACUUUGUUCCUAUUGAUCCUCUUAGUUGUACAUUGUUAACUAUUUGGAUACAUUUGAAUUGUUAAUAUUUGUAUUUUAUUAUAGUUUUCGUUUUUACUACACCUUCACUAAUUCCCCAUGUUUCUUCCCGAACUGCACUUAUGUUGUUUUACUUUAUACUAAGUCUGGGCGGCAGCCAUUUUGGUUUAUCCUUGCUUUUGAUUGCUUGACCUGUAUUGACUGGAAUUGUGCAUUUUGGUUGUGAAUUGAAGCACUCUUCCAGAAUUGAAAACACUCUGUGUUAUAGAGCGACCAAUUAUUACCUUUUGAACGAAUCUGUACGUGAUCUAUCCAGACAGGAUAGAAUAACAUUUAUUUGUGGUGAUUGGUAAUUUUCUUGCAUCCUUUAUCAACUUUCUUAUUUAUUGUAGUUUAGAUUUGAUCAAUUGAACAAUUAUUGGUUGGAUAGCUGAGUGGUUAUAUUUGUUUAGGUAAUAAUGUACACUUAAAUUUAUGAUAAAUUAUAGAACCGUCAUCUUACCCAAUUACUUUGUUUUGGUUUCAAUCGGGAGAGGGCGCGUAUCUAACUCAUCCAGACAGCUGUCCUUCACUCCAAACCGUAGUUUGGAUCUUAUAGUUCUAAACAAAUAAUUUGAUCGAAUUCGUUUGGUUUUCGUUUCGCUGAUUUCAAUCAUUGUCUCUGGGAAUAUUUGGUCGUUCGCUUGCGAUGCCAAACAAUCGUCAAAAGAAAUUAAGUCCAAGGCUCGUGGAAGCUAAAAGAGAUGAACAAAAGGAUGGAUCCCCUCAAUCAAGUCUGGGCGGCAGCCAUUUUGGUUUAUCCUUGCUUUUGAUUGCUUGACCUGUAUUGACUGGAAUUGUGCAUUUUGGUUGUGAAUUGAAGCACUCUUCCAGAAUUGAAAACACUCUGUGUUAUAGAGCGACCAAUUAUUACCUUUUGAACGAAUCUGUACGUGAUCUAUCCAGACAGGAUAGAAUAACAUUUAUUUGUGGUGAUUGGUAAUUUUCUUGCAUCCUUUAUCAACUUUCUUAUUUAUUGUAGUUUAGAUUUGAUCAAUUGAACAAUUAUUGGUUGGAUAGCUGAGUGGUUAUAUUUGUUUAGGUAAUAAUGUACACUUAAAUUUAUGAUAAAUUAUAGAACCGUCAUCUUACCCAAUUACUUUGUUUUGGUUUCAAUCGGGAGAGGGCGCGUAUCUAACUCAUCCAGAC